ACGCCAACCGUCGAAAGUGGAGGUGGUCAUACUACAACAGACAUUCCUGGAUUUGAUGGCCUGAUGAAUCUCUCAGAUAUUAGCAGACUCUUCUGGUCCUUCUUCACCCUGCUGACAGCUGCUUGCCAGAGUCCAGAUGAAUGCCAAAGCUCCCUCCAGGAUCCGAUGAUUACAGGGCAGCUGAGCAAGCCGCUGCUCUCCCUGCGCAGCGACAUGAGCGCGGCAGAACUCCGGGCGGACGACAAAGCGGCCACCCCAGACAGCGAUCUGAACGACGAGCCCCUGCUCCUGCCCUCCGAGGCCACGGACAGAGAGGGCACUCCCAACAAGCUGUAUGGGGCUCGUGACGGUUCAGUCCAGUCUGACACCAGCAGCAGUCCUUCUGAGCAGAGUCACCUGGGCCAGUCCCACCCAGGAUUCCCAAUGGGUCCACAGUCCCUUCUGGUGGCCCAGCAGCUGGCCAACGCAGUUGGCGGCGUGAUGUCCGGGGCGGCGCCAGGCAUGAACCAGCCCAUCCUCAUCCCUUUCAACGCAGGCGGACACCUGGGCGGGCAGCAGGGCCUCGUUCUCUCCCUGCCCACAGCCAACAUCCAGAGCCUGGUGGCUGCUGCUGCUGCAGGGGGAAUCAUGACGCUCCCGCUCCAGAACCUGCAAGCUACCUCAUCACUGAACUCCCAGCUCCAACACCUGCAGCAGCUCCAACAGAUGCAGCACCACCACCAGCAGCAGCAGCAACAACAACAGCAGCAUCAGCAGCAGCAGCAACAGCAGCAGCAGCACCAUCACCAACAGACCCUCUCUCACGCCCAGAACCAGCUGCCACCUCAGCAUCACAUGACCCCGCCCAGCCAGCAGCAGACCUCCGUGCCCUCUCCAGGCUCCACCUGCUCCUCCACCUCUGGACAGCCGCAGCACUCCCCGCCGCACCGGCCCAACCAGUCGCCAGCCCGCAGCCUUCCUUCACCUGUCACCCCACCCAUGCCUUUGUCGCUGAAUCCACUGGCCAGCCAGGCAGCUGUAGCAGCGGCAGCAGCCAUGGGAUCAAUCGCCGGUUCCCAAGUGUUCGGCAACACCCUGUCAAACCUGCAAGGAGCCACCGGACAGCUGGUCACCAAUGCACAAGGACAGAUAAUUGGAACAAUCCCACUGAUGCCCAACUCUGCAGGGCCCUCCAGCCAAUCAGGGGGUGGCAACCCAGCACUGCAGGUACAGCCAAUUACACCUCAGCUUCUGACCAACGCUCAAGGCCAGAUCAUCGCCACAGUGAUCGGCAAUCAGAUCCUGCCUGUCAUCAACACCCAGGGAAUCACGCUGUCACCAAUCAAGCCUGGACAGCAGCUGCCUCAGGCUCAGCAGGGUCAGACAGGCCCCGCAUCGUCUCAGCCCAACCUGCUCCACAUGCCCCACAGACAGAGUCCUCUCCACCAGGCCUCUUCCUCCUCCUCCACCUCCUCCUCUUCCUCGGCUCUCAGCGUGGGGCAGCUGGUCAGCAACCCGCAGACCGCCCCCAGCGAGGUGGACGGGGUCAACCUGGAGGAGAUUCGUGAAUUCGCCAAAGCAUUCAAGAUCCGCCGGCUGUCCCUGGGCCUGACACAGACUCAGGUGGGCCAGGCGCUCAGCGCCGCCGAGGGGCCGGCAUACAGCCAGUCUGCCAUCUGCAGACACACCAUCCUGAGAAGCCACUUUUUCCUACCACAGGAAGCCCAAGAGAACACUAUAGGUAGCAGUCUGACAGGCAAACUGAACCCUGGCCUUUUAUAUCCUGCCAGGUUUGAGAAGUUGGACAUCACCCCUAAAAGCGCCCAGAAGAUUAAGCCCGUUCUGGAGCGCUGGAUGGCCGAGGCUGAAGCCCGCCACCGAUCCGGCAUGCAGAACCUGACUGAGUUUAUCGGCAGCGAGCCUUCCAAAAAACGCAAGCGGAGGACCUCUUUCACCCCGCAGGCGCUCGAGAUCCUCAACAGCCACUUUGAGAAGAACACACACCCCUCCGGACAGGAAAUGACGGAAAUAGCCGAGAAACUGAACUAUGACAGGGAGGUGGUGCGUGUCUGGUUCUGCAACAAGAGGCAAGCUUUGAAAAACACAAUAAAGCGUUUGAAACAGCCCGACCUCGGCCCGGCUGCGCCAAUGGACCCUCUCACUGAUUCUCUAGAGGAGCUCCCGAAAUGAACGAGCUCUCCGGCAAAACAGUGGAGUGGAAAAGUGGCAGCCAUUAAAAACAACAAAGGUGGAUGAACUCAUCUUGAAAUGAGAACUGAAAAAUGUUUCCGAGUCACCUGGAUGGACAGUUUGCAAACAAAAACUAUGUGUUGUCAGUGUGAUUACCACAGCUAUGUAAAUGACCUUGGCGAAACCAAAAACAUGAAAAAAGAGAUUAAUAUCUGAGAAUUAUGUAAAAACAUAACGGUGUGCUGUUUCAAAGAGUUUUAGAUUCUGGCCUUACAGACCAGACUAUCGCCCAAAUUUUGGUUCCCACGAGGAGGGAUUUAGUAAAGAGAUCAUACCAAAUCAAAACACUAUUUACCAAAGUCUGUUGCAUCUGAGUACUAAGAAUAAUUUUGUAAUGUAAAUGUGCUCUAAAUUUUUACAUUUGUACUGGCAAAUCUAAGCUAUAUGUGUGAGGUUGAGUAUACAUUUUAUCUUUGUCUCGCUUACUUUUUUCUUCAUUGUUUCUAUGUAAAUAUCUAAAAAGAAAGAAAAAAACAACAGAAAAUGCUGUCUUCGAAUUGAAAUCACACUGAUAAAAGUUUCUCUUUUGGACAAAAAAAAGAAAAAAAUUUAACCUUUGCUGUUAAACAAUUGCAUAAUAAUGUUGUUUGCCUCUGAUUUGUGUUUCAUCUGCAAAUAUUUUCAGUCACAGUGUAACUUUGUACAACUUUUACAGGUAUUUAUUAAUAAUCUCAUGAGAUUGUUUCAGAGGACGGACCGAGGGAGUAAACUAAGGACUUUCACAUGAUGAUGAUGAUGAUGAUGAUGAUGAUGAGGGUUUUCAGUGUCUGUCAAGUCUACUGCAGCUUUGUUUGAGCUACUGUGUCAUUCUGUUGCCAAAGCCUGAUAGCCAAAGAACACAUAAAUUUCAGCUCAAGGACUGGUGAAGAUUUUACCUUUUUAUUUACUUGUUCACACGGCUUUCGUCCCCCAAUCCUCCUCCUCUUUUUCUAAAGUGUUUUACUCUGUGUAUCAACUUCAACAAAAGACAAAAAAAAACACUUCUAUGUCAAACAGCUGCGGCAGUGUUUGCUGUGAUCUCGGCAAUAUAGAAAAUGUGUUGGAUGAAUUUUCUUUAAUAGCAAAUUUUCCUUCUGCAUGCUUCAAUUCAAACCACAUGUGGGAUUAUUUACAGCCUUGGCUAAAACCGAUUUCACCAGGCAACCCAAAUUAUUAACAUUAUUACCUGCAUUUUGCAAACAUUGCUGAAAAUAACACAUUAUUUUACUCGAUAAACCCUUUAAUUAAGCCCUAAAAUUAAGAAAAUGUGUGCCACUGACCAAACUACUGAGCUCAUUCCAGUUCUGCUGUUUUUAUAACCUGAAUAGUUCAACUCAAAUAUGCUUUUCUGCAAAGAUAAAUGCUGUUUAACAGGUUUACAAUCAACCAUUUUAAUGAAAAUGUGUUUUUUUUUCUGCAGCUAUGAAUUGAUUUCUACCACAGUAAAAAGCUUUAAAAAGUUAAUUUCAACAGAUUCUCUACUAGAUGUUAUGUAUUUGUGGUUACUCUUUGGGGUAAAAAAUAUUAAUUUAAGUCAGUUUACUCCAUCACUUUGUAUUAAAAUCUGUUCAUUUUACACAGUAUUACUGUACCAUGUGAGGAAAAUGUCAAUAUUCCCGGCAAGAACGUCCGUACAAAUAAAUGGCUCUCACAAAAACCCCUCACAGAAAAAGACAAAAAAAAGAGGUGAAUGUUGAGAAUAAGUGUCACAUGUCAGAACGAGUGAACUUAAUUUGAAGUGAGGCGAAAUUUGAUGCAAUUUAUUCAGAAUCAUGUGUCUGCUCGAUAUCUGUCCUUCCAUGUCACAUUGGUUAUCUCAGUCUUUCAGUCCCCUGUGCACGACUGUGUUCUUCUUCACUGCCUGGAAAACACGCACACAAACACGCUCGGUAAAUGUUUAAAAAAAUAAAUAGAAAAACACAUGAAAAAGCUUUAAAUGUUUCUGUUUUUGAAGACACUUUUUGCAGAAAAGACAAUUGUAGAAUCUAAUUUGCUUGGUGCACAGAGAUUUUUUAUAUAAUUUUGAUUGUAUAUUCAAGUUUUUACGUUAAGUAUUAAAUAGUCUGGUACAGUAUUAUUAUUUUAUUGUGUUUCCACCUUUAUGUUGCUUCCAAUAUUUCAUCCAGGCAAAUCUUUGGCCAAGAAACUACACAUCUUCAUCCACCCACCAGACAAACACGUGAGAAAGCAGCAGGCUCCUGCAGGUAGAUUAUGGAUCUGUUCUGAGGCUUAUCAAUAAAGCUGUAACCAAAACCAAAAAAAAAGAAUAAAUAACUAAAAAGAAGACACAGAAAGGAGUUAUGCCUUUGCUCAACUUUUCAAUGCUGGACCAAAGCUCUAUAGUUAUGCACAUUGUACAGAGAAAUAGAUUCAUGAUGUUGACAAUCUUUAAAAAAAAAAAAAAAAAAAACUGAGAUAAAAGAUUUGAAGAGUAGAAAUGUACAGUAGUUCAUCCAAGGUUUACCUCAGUACUGUUCUUGUGAGAAUCAUACAAACGCCAUACAAGCAGCAGCAGGUCAGAAAAGACAGAUGGUUACUCUGCACUGUGUGUCCAUGUUCACCUUCAAUGUGGAGGGAGAGGCUUGUGUUUUAUUUAUUAUUGUGUGACACAUGAUUGUUUUAUUUUUGUGAAGUGGUUUCCCGAGCCACAUGUGACUCUCUGGUCAUCCGUUUUUUAUUAUCGUUGCAUUAUUUCUCAUUCGUUGUGCCGUUCACCUCUCGGUUUCUCACAGACCCGUAGACCCCGCGUAGAAAAAGGAGAUUACAGUAAUGUUGCUCUUAACCCAAUUAGGAAGAUUUGUUAAUCACCUUUAAAUGCUUUUGUGAAAUUUUACUAACACAAACAAACUGGUUUGACGUUUUGUUAAUAGUCGAAGAACUCGAAACCAAAGCUGAAGAGCCUGCAGAGGUUGGUUUUCAUUUUUUUAUAGACUGAAAACUGUACUUAAUCUAUAGAGCAAUAUCUGUUUGGUCAGUUAAGCAGCACUUUGUGUAUUUCCAAAAAAAAAAAAAAAAGCUUCAAGUCUGUCACAUUGAUUUGUACCAUAAUUAGUAAUAAACAAUUGUUUGACAUGAA